AUGUCAUUGAGACGCUCUGCCCGUGUUCAAAGCAAGCCGACACCCGAGAAAGAAGCCCCGAAUGGCAGCAUCGCCGAGAAAGCAGCCCCAACCAAGAAACGAGGCCGUAAGACUAAAGCCUCAGAAGACAUAGCAUCAACAACAAUAUCACAAAAUGGUGAACCCUCCCAAGCAGAACUCGACUCCCAAAACAUGCCCCCACCACCCGCCACCCCCCUCAACAAACGACGAAAAUUAGCCAAGAAAGACUCUACCUCCAAACCACCACCCUUCACCCCAACGCCCUCCGCCAUCGGCCUCAUGACCAGCACCAGCAAUCUGGGACAAAACUACAGCACCGGCGACAUCGACGACGCCUCACCCCCACCAAACCGCCCGGCCGAACCCCACCACACAAACGCAACCCUCAUCACCCCAGGAGGAACCCCACUGGAACCCUAUAGCAACUUCGAAGAAGCCUCUCCCUCCAAAAAGCCCCCCACGACAACAACAUCCAAAACCCUCCUCGACGAAGCUUGCGCGCACCUCGUCAAAGCCGACCCCGCCUUGAAGUCUGUGGUCGAAAAACACCACUGCAGAAUCUUCUCCCCGGAGGGCCUCGCGGAGAAAAUCGACCCCUUCCGCUCCCUCGUCUCCGGCAUCCUCGCGCAGCAAGUCUCGGGCGCCGCGGCGAAAUCUAUCAAGAAUAAAUUCAUCGCCUUGUUCCCAGCGGAAGAUUGUCCGACGGGGUUCCCGCCCCCAACCCUCGUCGCCAAGACAGACCUCUCCGUUCUGCGAACGGCAGGCCUCUCCCAGCGCAAAGCCGAAUACGUCCAGGGUCUCGCGCAGAAGUUCUCUUCCGGCGAACUCACCGUCGCCCAACUCCUCACCGGCACCGACGAGGAGGUCUUCUCGUCCCUCAUCGCCGUCCGCGGAUUAGGCGCCUGGAGCGUGGAGAUGUUCAUGUGUUUCGGACUAAAGCGCAUGGACGUCUUCUCGACGGGAGACCUGGGCGUGCAGAGGGGCAUGGCGGCGUAUAAAGGACGGGACGUGAAGAAGUUGAAGAAUAGCGGCAAGGGCGGGAAGUGGAAGUACAUGAGCGAGAAGGAGAUGGUGGAGGUUGCGGAAAACUUUCGACCGUAUAGGAGUCUAUUCAUGUGGUACAUGUGGAGAAUCGAAGACGUCGACACCCAAGCCGUCGAAGAUAACUAG